GGCUCUGGUAAGCCUUUGCCUCUAAUUCCCUAUUUCCAGUACUUUGUUGUUUGUUCUUCUAACUCUUGUAAAUUCUCCACAAUUAGGAUUUACUUUCUGUUUCUCUCUAAUUAAAUCUAUUCUUUUCAAAAAUAUUGUACAUGAUAUGAUAUACUUCGUGUUUCCUUUUAUGAAAUUUAAUCUUUUGCGUUCAUUUCUAGGGUUUCACUGAAUUUCUUAUUCAGAUUGUUAUUCUGUUAUGUUUCUUGCUUGUUAUUGUUCCCUCUCAAUUUAGAAUCGAGAUAUGGAAAAAUAUUAAAUAUUGAAAUGCAAUUAAGUACUUAGAUUCUGUGAUCGAAGUCUAUCGUUUGAAAAUAAAUGUAUGUUAUCGAACAUAAGUUGAGGUCUUUUGUUGACUUCUUUUUUUGGAGAGUGAAAUUUUUUUGGCUUGAAAUGUUGUAAAUUAGUGUAAUUGUAUAUUCACAUCGAUAUAAUUGAUUAGUACCAUAUAUUGGAUAAUGCUUACGCAACAACACCUACACAACAAUGUCAAAAACUUAAAACCAACACUGUUGGGUAUUGCUUACCAUGUAUGAAAUGGAAAAUAAAAAUUGAUGGUACUAUUUUUUUUUUUUUUUUUUUUUUUUUUGUAAUGGUGAACAAUACCCAAUAUGUUGUACUCUAUUGUUGAUGUUUAAAUGUGUGCUCACAAGCUAACUGCGUAUUGUUCAAGUAUAUUGUGAUUUUUAGGGGAAUUUUUAAUUUAUUUUGGUUUGUCUGCAGCAGGAAGGAUGUAUUGUUGCAUAGUAGAAAUGAGUUUAAAAUUCUUAAAAUGUUGGUAUUAAGGAUAAAGUAAAGAAGAAAUCUUCUAAGUACAGGAAUAAAGAGGAUGAGGAGUCUUCCUUUUUGGAAGGCAGGGAGGGUUCUUUGGCGAAGGAAGUUAAUGCUGUACCUACAAGAAGAGAAAGAAGUAGGAAUAUUGUGUAGGUAAAACUGAUGUUAAUUGAGGAAGAAAUGGAUGUGCACAAGUUUGGGAGCUUCUUGUUCGGCUCUUUGCAUUCUCCGGUGAAUUUGGAAAGGAUUAUGAUGACAAAGGGAAAGGUGAUGUGGAUGUGGGUAUGGAUGACUCUCCAUUGUUUAUAAUGGGCUGCUCCGGUAAUGAUGUUGUGUCAGUUUUUGAAAAUGAUAAAGGAUAUUGAGUAGGUAUUGUUGAUAUAAGAAAGGGAACUCUGCUUGGUGGAUAACAAGGAAGAAGAGACAUCUGUUAAUAUUUUAACGGUUAAUAGGUUGAGGAAGCUAAGGAAGGGUGAUGAUGAGACUGUUAUAUCAGGGUUUGCUUAUGUGUCGAGGUUUAGGGUUCACCAUGAGAAGCUGGACUGCAGUACAGAUGUCUUGACUCGAAUUUCAACAAUUAUAUUCUGAGGUAGAAAACGAGUUAAUUGACUGGUUCUUGCCUUUGGGGUAUAAAAAUGUUGUUGAUAUUCUAGAAAAGAAAUCAAAAGCUUGUUGUCAAGAGAAGAGUGAGGCUUUUACUUGGAAUUAUUGAGUACUCAAGAUUAGUAGAUGCAAAUGGUGAAGAUCAGAUUCUUCUAAUAGUCCAAUAACUCUGUCUAGUUUUACAGAAAUCAUCAGUUGAUCCAUACUGUUGGAUUAACCGAAAGAUGAGGGUUUUACUGAUUGAUGGCAAGUUGAAUAAAAUGAGGGAUGCCAUCGUCAUUAAAGAUUGCCCUAUUAAAAACGCUUCUUUCUUACCUUAUGGGUCGCAAGUUAUUGUUGCUGGGAGAAGAAAGUUUUUUUUAAUAGUGUUAACAUAUCUAAGGGAAAUGUUGAUAAAAUUGAGCCACUGACUGGACAAGAGGAAUAAAAUUUAGAAGUUUUUGGGGUUUCCCUGAUUCUAGUACUGUAGCCUUUUACGGAAACUUAUUGUUCUUAAUUUAAGUAUAAUUUGGUUGAAGCUUAAAGCAGAGAACAGAAUUAUUGCUUUGGUUAUGAGAAUAUGAAAUUAUAUACUGCCAUCUCCCUUUUUUUUAUUGUUAGAGUAGCAAUUUAAUUUUUCAGAUUACUGUAAAAUGCUUUUAGACAGAACAGAAGCAUACACUUAGGUAUCCAGUUUCCGCAGAACGUGUGUUGCAUCAACCUUAUGGAAAUUUUUUCUACUACUUGGUCCAUACAUUCUUGAAUGUGGUAUGUGUUUAUCAGCAUAUAUUCUUCUAAUAGCACAUGGUCACGUUAUGCAAGGUAGAACAGAAAGCUGAGGGUUGAGCCUGGCCAACAGCAUGAAGAGAUACUGAGAAGUCAGAAAGGCAGAAAUCUUGCAUUUUGUUUUCAGUUCUCUUUUUUCACUGUGGUUAUAUUUAUAUACGCAAUGUAACGCUUAAUUGUGCUAACAUGGAUUUGAUUUUAUUUUUCCAUGAAUUAGGUGCUUGUUUUCCUUUGCCAAAUAGCACGAGGUGCAACAUCAAACAUUGUUAUUGGAUAUUUCAGCUUCAACUCGGCUGACACAAUACAAUAUAGCCUUGAUUUUGCACUAUUAUGUCAUGGUCAGGUCUGGUAGAUGUCAGACAUACACUAUCCACAAGGUGCAAGUAAGAUUUUUAUCACUAUUCUAAUCCUAAAACGAUCAAAUUUGUUUGCUGCUUUCUUAUUGCUGAAAUUCGUUUCCUUUCAUUCCAUCUCUGGUGGGAUUUUAGUCUCUUCUUCUUCUAUUAGUUUCUCAAUAUCCUUACUUUUUCAUCACACCCUUGAAAAUUCAAAACCAUAAAUUCUGUUUUCAGAAAUUUGAAAAAAAUACAAAUUGAUAAGAUUUUCUGAAGAUUCACUUUAUUCACUGAAUAUAACUAUUUAUGAAAUUUAUUGUUACCUAGCUAUUGAGUUUCUUCGUUAUACUUUGUCCUUUUAAGGUGUUUGGGUAAAUCCAUGGGUAUGGUUUUUAGAAAUUAGGCGUUCAGAUCUGAACUUUUCUAUAGAAUCUGUAAAUGAAUUCUCUCAUCACUCGCUUAUAGUUCUCUAACGAAUCAUGUUCUACUAGUUAAAACUUCCAGAAAGAUCAUACUUCACGGCUCUGUGAAAUUAUUACUCUAGUCUUUUUAUUAGCUAUAUGAGCUAACAAGCAGUAAUGCUUUGCCUCUUUGGUGUAUGCAGAGGAAAAAGCUCGAUAUGAAUUUAUAGGAAGUAUAUGAUGUACCCAAUGGGUAGUCAAUCUGUGUCUUCUCCAGCGGUUCUCACUUUGUGCUUUGUUUGAUCAUUUGAUGUGUUAGUAUGUUUGCACUAGACCUGGUUAUUGGACUGGGCUCCCAGUGGGCAAUGGGUUAAGCUUCUAUUAUAUGGAUUUAUUGGUUUAGAUUUGCUGUAUAGGUGAAGCUCUAUCCAAUAAGAUAAAUAAUAUCAACCAGUGACUGAACACGGUAGUUUACAAACCAAACUUCUUGGUCUAUCCAUCGUCCUUAGCACUUUAUGCUGUGUACUUUAGCUCAACCAGAAAACACAAAUGAACAAUAAAGGAAAAGGAAGAGCAAUUACUCUAAAAAAAUAAACGUCUAGAUAUAAUAAAAUUGGAAGGGUGAAUUUUUAAUAGAAAAUGAAAAUUUAAGGUUGCUAAGUGCAAAGAAGGGUAGACAUGACAGAGUAAACUUCAUUAAUGGGUUACCAAUAAAAAAAAGGAGGUGAUCCAUUUUUACCCGCCCAAGUCCUUCCCUAUCCAUUAAUGAAUUUAGCAAACCCACUAUUGACCCGCCAAUUUAAUGACUCAAACAUAUCCAUCCCAACUCUCCUAAUAACUAGGUCAACAUGCAACUUGCAAGUUAACACUCUUGUUUUUUUCAUGAUUGGAUACCUCCAGACUCCAGUCAUGAUCAUAGACUUUUCUAAUGCUUUGCAUCAAGCCAUGAACUAUUCUUCUCGUUUUGCUUUACUUGUUCUCCUCUAGAAGCAUGUUUGUCAGUUUUUUUCUUUCAUCUGUACUGAUUUUUUUGUGAUAAUACAUAUUCAUAUGGACUACUUCCCAACCUUUCUUUGUGCUUCGUUUUAACGUGUUAGUAUGGUUACAAUUUGCAAGUCAAUAUCCAUUUCAUAAUUAAUACCUUAAGGAGAAUAAUUAUACCAUUUCUCAUCCUCCUAUGAUUCUUCUUCUAUCUUUUCUUCCAGUUCUAUGUUUCCCUUUUACCACUGAAAUUUCCUUGGAAAAUACAUGUGGUUUUUCCUUUGAUAGAAACAAUAUAUGGUUCAACCUCAUUCCCAAUUGAAUGCUCGAGAAGCAACGGGGAGUUUUCUAGUCGCUCAGCUCCAUAUCUACUUUUUUUUACCAUUACUCUUAUCUUUCCAUAUAUACUUUUUAAGUGUAUUUGUUGUUAGACAAGUUCUCAAACUGCUUCUCCUCGUCCAAAGUUAGGGAGAAAAUAUAGAGAGAAAAUGGGCGUAAUAUUAGAAAACGGAGUGGGAGGACUUAUUGGAAAUGCAGCUUUUGCAGUAGUUACCCUGGUGCUCUCACGCAUCAAACACGAAAUUGAACUUGCUAGGCAUCAUAAGCAAGAUUUGGAGGAGCUUGGAAAACAGCUCAAUGAGCUAAAUGAGCUGUUGAAAGGUUCUGCUAAAUCCUUACAACCAAAAAACAAGCUGCUGAUUGCUUGGCUCAACAAGGUGAAUAAUGCAGCCUAUGAUGCGGACAAUUUACUAGAUGAUUGUUCAUAUGAAUCUUUCAAGCAUGGAAGUAGAACAAGAAAGAGGGAUAAAAGCAAAAGUGUUUUUUCUAAGCCUUUCCACUCCCAUGUUAACUCUCAUAGAGUAAAGAACUUAACAAAUAUAAUUAAAACCAUCUAUGCGGAUGCUAAGAACCUAGGCGUUGUACUCAUCGAUGUAGCUGCUGGCCACAGUUAUGAUAGUGGAUCAAGUUCCGAGAUUCAAGGUAAGACGUUGCAGGAUCGCCGAGAAUGGGUGGAUAACCAAGGCCUUGUUGGGCGGAAUCAAGACAUUACUCGGCUUGCUGAGUUGUUAUGUGAUUCGAACAACAAUUGUAAAGAUCCAACUGUUAUUGGAAUUGUUGGCUUGCCAGGUCUUGGGAAGACAGCGUUGGGAAAACGAGUUGUUAAAGCAAAAGAAGUGAAAAGCCACUUCAAGUCUAUAUUUUGGCUUGUAGCCUCACAUAGCUAUGAUUUAACGGAUAUUCUGAGAAAAAUGGCUGAACAGCUUGAUGAAAAUGUCUCAAACAUGUCAAGUCAUGCAAUUGUAAAAAAGCUUGGCGACAAGCUGAAAGGAAAGAGGUACUUAAUUGUGCUAGAUGAUGUAUGGGCUACAUUUGACUGGGAAACCUUUAAAUGCACAUUAGAAGACAUUGGUGGAUCCAAGGGUACUACCGUUUUGAUGACUUCGCGAGACAAAAAUGUGUUGGCGAAUAUGGACAUAAAGUGUCAUGCAAGUAACGACCAGUACGUUCACAAGGCCAUUAUGCAUCAAUUAAAGGAGCUGAAUGAAGAUGACAGCUGGUGUCUCUUCGAGAAAAGACUCGGUAGUGACAAUCUUGCUUCGAACAGUGAAAAACUACAUCUUGGAAAGAGGAUGGUAAACAAAUGUGGUGGCAUUCCUCUUGCCAUAAGAGAACUAGGAGACAAGCUGUGUAACAAAAAUGUAGAGGAAUGGAGAGACAUCGUGAAGAAUGAAGAAUGGAACAAAGAAGAGUAUGGAAUUCUACCAUCCUUAAAAUUAAGUUACAUUUACUUGCCAAACAUGGCUUUGAAAAAAUGCUUUUCAUACUGUGCCGUAUUUGGAGAAGACGAGGAGAUCCAGAAGGAGAAAUUGAUUCAGUUGUGGAUGGGGCAGGGGUUCUUGCAACCAUAUGACAACAUGGAGCGUGUUGGGGAUGAGUAUGUUAAUAUUCUGUUAAAUACCUCCCUUUUCCAGGAGCCAAAAUUGGAUCUUCUUGGGAAUGUGAUAAGCUUUAAGAUACAUGAUCUUGUAUUAUCUCUUGUGCGUGUUGUUUCAGGAGAGUGCUGCAAUUUGAAAGAGAAGACGGAGGUCAAUGUGUCUUCAUCGACUGAUUUUCGACACCUUUCAUGUUCUUUCUCAUUGACUACAAAGCUCUCCACUGCCAAGUUUUGUGAGAAUUUGCGAACUUAUUACAACUACUGCCCUCAUUUCCUUAAGCAGGAGUUUGCAAGUUUAAAGUUAUUUCUGAAGCAUUCUAAAUGUUUAAGGGUGUUGUCUUUGCAACGUCUUGGCCUCGAAGACUUACCCAAAUCUGUUGGUGAUUUGAAACAUUUGAGAUACCUUGACAUCUCUCAGAAUUGCUUCCAGUCACUUCCAGUUGUGAUCACUAAACUGUACCAUUUGCAGGUAUUGAGGAUUGAUUACAAUGCUAAUUGUCAAUUAUACUGUUCUCUUCGUCAGUUUGAAGUUCGAUUCUUAAAAAAUCUUAGGCACAUUAGUGCUAAAGCUGUUGACAUUGGUAUAUUAGAAGGCAUGAGGCAUUUGACUGCACUACAAACUUUAUCUACUAUUAAUCUGCAAUUGGGGUGGGGGGGGAAGGUGAUCGAGCUACGUGAGUUGAAGAACUUGAGAGGCACAUUGGGAAUAAAAGGACUCGAGAGUAUGAUCACUGAAGAAGAAGCCAUAAGCCUAAAUUUGGGAAAUAAGUUAAAUGUUGAUAGAUUAUUCUUAGAAUGGUCUGACAAAUUGAACGCAAAUAGCCACCACAAUCAAAUCUUACAACACUUGAAACCCCAUGAGAAUUUGUCAAUGCUUGAUGUAGCUCAUUAUAAUGGCACAAAAUUUCCCGAAUGGCUCAUGAAAAUGACAAUCGCUGGAGGUUCUCAUCGACUUUCCAAACUAGUCUCCCUCACAUUACGACACUGUCUCCAUGCUGAGGGAGAACUCAACCUGGAAAACCUCAGUUCUGUUCGUUUCUUGUCGUUAAACUCCUGUUCCCGCCUGACUAUUUCAUUGCCAAGUAAUGGGUUCCGUUGCUGCAGUUUACUUGAAUCUCUGAAGCUGACCUCUUGUUGUAAAAUUGGAGAACUUGGGGAUAUGUCGCCAUUAAUUCGGCUUCAAUACCUGGAAAUUAGAGACUGUGACAGGGCUUCAUAUGAACUAAAGGGAUUAGCCAGUCUUCCUUGUUUAAAGGAAGUUAUUACUGACAGAUUGUUACCUCAAGGCUUGGGAAGACGCAGUCCACUUUGCAAGGCACUUCAGACAUUAUACUUGUCGACACAGGCAGCAGGAAACCGUCUUCCCAUUCAGCUUCAAUAUUUAGUGGCACUGAAAGAACUGCAUAUCAAUGAUUUUCAAAGUCUGGAGAUAUUACCUGAUUGGCUUGGGAAGUUGACAUCUCUUUCUUCACUCACCCUUGUUUGCUUGCCAAAGUUGAAGCAAAUGCCUUCGCCACGUGCAAUCCAAUGUCUCUCCAAUUUGCAAGUUUUACGUUUCUGGAAAUGCCCUCUUUUAGAGGAACAAAUUAACCUAAAACAUGGAGAAUGGUUCAAAAUUAAGCAUAUCCCUUUAUCCUCUUUUGAGUCCAACUAACAAUAAAAGAUGGGCUCAAUUAUGCGAAUCAGAAAAGGGUCAACGAAAUAUAUGGUAUUAGCUGCGAACUAAAGGAAUCUAUUUCAUCUUUUUCCAUGCAUAUUUAUCGAGUGCAUUGUUGUGUUGUAUUUAUCGAGUGCAUCUUGUCGUCUGCACUGAAAAUCGAACCAGCCAAGCAAAGGUAGUUGAAAAGAAAGCAAGAUCGACUUCAUAUUGUUUGAAGACUGCAUCUUGAUGUCACUUAGUCUUAUUUUACGACAGCAUUUCUUUGUCUUCAUAUGUUAAGUGGCUCUCACCUAGGAUGAAUUUUAUGGGUUCAGAUGUACGUAAUAUUACCCUUGUUAUAUAUUUGUUUGUGAUAAUAAAGAGAUUGUUUUCGAUUGACUUUUGGUAUUAAACAUUAUCUGCAACUAGAUGCUGGUAAUUACAAUGGUUUGUAAUCUAAAUUUCAAUAAAUUUAUUAUCUCAU